AUGAGGUUCAUUGCUUCUCAUCAGUCACGUGGUUUUCCUCAGUGAAAGCUCCUUUGCCUUCCUGCGGCUCCUCGGCUCAGCCCAGCGGUGUUGAGGCUGAGAUGUAAGAUGCAACUCCAGAGGGGCCCGCUAGUAUAGAGGCAAAGUUAUGGCACCGCCGUCCUCGGAAGGAAAGGUCCUGCAGCAGCUCCUCUCUGCCAAAAAGUCCAUCACCGGCGACGCGAACGCAUUUCUGGGACGCACCACACCGGAGCGAGAAGCCCCCAAAUAACGUACCAAAUUAUACUAAUUGAAUUCUGGGGACAGAAGCCAGUCGAGGGUAGAAGGAGAAUUCAGCAGCUGACUGGAGUUGAGUGAGGGGCUGCGAUGCAACAGGCCUGAGUGAAGAGCAGAUCACCUCUGGCUCACUGCCUGCCACAGUGCUAAGCUAAUCUGGAUGCAGCCAUAGUUCCAAGUGCCCUUCAUCCAAUCUGAAGAUGACACUUAGAGAAUAGGAGUUCUGACUUGUUUCUUCACCUCUGCAGCCUGCAGGCACAAGGCACAAGACAAACCCGUAAAACAGUUAAACCAAGGCAGCCAUGAACCUGUUCAGGAAGGACGCCAUGAGCUCAAAGAAGGAGAAGGAUAAAGAGAUCCAAUACGAGGACCCUCCAGAUGGAGGUUGGGGCUGGAUGGUGGUGCUGCAUUGCUUCCUGGUGAAUGUCCUAGUGAUGGGAACACUGAAGAGCUUUGGGAUCUUCUUUGUGGCUUUCCAAGACGACUUUGGAGGCUCGUCAGAGAGCAUCAGCUGGAUUGGUUCCAUCAUGUCAAGCAUGCGGCUCUCUGGAGCACCCAUGGCCUCUGUGGCGUGUGCCAAGUUCGGAACCCGGACGACCUCCAUCACUGGGGCGUUGCUGGUCAGCGCAGGCUUCAUCAUGAGUGUUUACGCAAACAGUGUGGCAUUCCUCUAUGUCAGCAUGGGAGUGGUAGUUGGGAUGGGUUUCGCACUACUAUACCAGGCCUUCUCAGUGGUCACAGCUCUGUACUUUCGAAAGCGGUUAGCAACAGCGUAUGCGAUUGGACGUUCUGGGAUGGGUUUGACCUUUGCCCUUGCCCCAUUUACUCAGCUGCUCCUGGACCUAUAUGCCUGGCAAGGGGCGAUGCUGAUUCUUGGAGGUUUAAUGCUGAACCUGGUGGCCUCUGGGAUGCUUCUGCGACCAAUCAAUGUAAAGCCUCCUGUGCCAAACGCUACCUCUUCCCCCGACCAAAAGAGCCCUGAUGUUUCCCUCAAGAGCUCCUUAGAGAAGGAAUACUCCAAGAGCUCCUUAGAGAAGGAAUACUCCAAGAGCUGCGUGAACGGCUCCACUCACUUAUCCAAUGGCAUCGCCAAAUCAGACUCAUCCCCUACCCUUCCUCCCCCUCACAUAGACACUGAGAACUUUGGGGGCCAAUGUACUCAGGGGCCCGAGGACCAGUCAGUGAAACCUGAACUGACAAGCUUGGUCCUCAGUGGUGUGAAUGGCCACGAGCCUUACCAUGACUCGGUUCAGUGUAAACCCAGCACUCCGGACAGCUCAGCCGAGCACAAUGGCGGCAUGAAUGGGUCCAGCAUUGUUGGACAUCCCUUGCAUGACUGCACACCCAGCGAGGUGGCCGUCGUACAAACCAAAGUGCUGGACUUUUCGUUGCUAAAGGAUCCGUUUUUUUGCAUCUACACUUGGUCCGUGGUCUUCAGCCAGCUGGCCUACUUCAUCCCUUAUUUCCACCUGUCUGCCCGAGCCAGAACCCUGGGCAUCGAUGCCAUGGAUGCUUCAUUUAUCAUCUCUGUGGCAGGUAUCACAGAGACCAUCGCCCAGCUAGCCUCAGGCUGGGUUACAGACAAGAACCUGUUUCAUAAAUACCACUACCACAAAGCCUACCUGAUCCUCUGUGGCAUAGUCAACCUGCUGUCGCCACUCGCAAACACCUACAUCCUGCUCAUGGUCUACGCCAUCUUCUUUGCUGUCUUCUGUGGCGGCUACAUGGCGUUGCUGCUGCCAGUUCUAGUGGAUCUCGUGGGGGCGGAGAAACUCAACAACUCCAUGGGCUUCUCCAUGUUCUUUGUCGGCCUGGGCUGCCUCACAGGGCCUCCUUUAUCCGGGUUCCUUUACGACUACACUCAGACUUACGACUGUUCUUUCUACCUGGCCGGGCUCUGCUACCUGAUCUCCUCCCUCUCCCUGUUCUUGGAGCCGCUGGCUCAGCGCUGGAAGGCCAAGAAGAAACUGGCCCAGGCCAAGACCGCAGAAGGCAGCUGCAAGACAAAUGGCUGCUUCACCCUGGAGCGCCUGCAGAACGGCGUUGUGUAAGAAUGACACCCAGGGAGAGCCUCGCAGUGGGCCUGCAAACCUUGGACCAUGGACUGCAACUUAAAGUUGGAACCUAAGUGACUCUUAAUGUCUGCAAGAGAGUCACAUAGGCUGGGGGGAGGGGAAUAUGACCACAGUAGCAUGAUUUCUAAGAGACUACGGUAGUAUGGACAUUAUUAGAUUAUUGUGUUGAAUUUUUAAAAGGCCAAAAUGUUCCUGUAAAACUGUAAAAUAUCAUACCCCCUGUCUUUAUAUUAUCAGAGGUUUAUGCAUCCCAACCGAGUACAACCCCCCACAGACCACAGCCAGCAUGUUAGCAGCUGAGCAACCACGCUUACUGAAACUUGAUCUGUUUUUCUAAUGCAACAGCUUUGCAGAAACAUAUCAUAGCUGGAAACUUAAGCCAGCAGUUUAGCUUGACUUCCUGUUUUCAUAAAAAAUGUCUGCAAUGACAUUAAUGCAAGCACAUAUCCACAAGCGGAUCCUGAUCUCCCUGAAAGCCUUUACCUGUGUCUGUACACCUUCACUCACUGACAUGCACUUUGGGGCCAAGUUGCGAUCACGCUGCAUGACAUUUCCUCUGACCAUUUACUCUCAGACAGUUGAGAUACUGAGCAACAACGGAGUUGCAGCCUGCCUCUGAAGACACAAUGUGUAGUUUGCUCCAUACAGAUCCACAAAAAAGAAAGAAAAAAAUUCUCUUAACCCAAACAAAUUGUAUGGCAAACACCUAUUGGGCAGUUCAUUUCACAUUGAGAUUCUGACUUGGCAUUUUUUUUAUAUAUCCCUAACCCCUACAUACUCAUUCAUACCUUCAGCUCUUUCAUACCUUUUACAGUUUAACUGGAAGUUGAAGUUGUAUUCUUUUUUUAGGAGAUUUUUUGAAACUGUAACGGCUGGUGACACUGAUCUGUGCACCCAAGGGAAAAGGCUUUACAGUUUUUCUGAAUUGCCAAAACACUACACACUGUUCUCUAAACAAAACUGUCAACUGGAAAAACAACUUUAUCGAACCGAUGACUCACUUGGCAGGAAUGUUCAGAUAUCUUACAAUAAAUAUUUCCCUGUAAUCUUUCAGUACAGAUGUGCCCAGAGUGCAGUGUUUUGCAUUUAUUUGUGUAGCGUGUCAUUAUUGCUGAGUCCUGUUUAUGCAUUAGCUGGCUUUCUCUGUUAUUUGAUGGCAGUGUUUGGUUCUGGGUAAAGAUAAAAUAGUUUUGAAUCAAUUGUUUGAUUUUGCAAGACAAGUCAAAUGUUUUGUGGGUGGAGCUUGAAUUUAUGUGUUUGUUUUUUACUAUUGAUAAUUGGAGAAGAGGUUUCAGUAAAAUUUGUUAUAACAAAUCAGAAAAACUGUAACAUAAAAUGUUAACCCUUCAACCCUUUCAAAACCACGUAAUAUAAACUGACUUUUAUCGCUCACCCCUGAACUGAGAGCUCAGCUACCUUCUGGGUCCUUGCUGACAUGUUGGUCGAACCUGUACUGAAACCACUCACAGGGCACAUGCGUCCACUAUACCCUGCACAUUAGCUUAAGGUGAAUUCAAAUAGCUUACAAUUCAUCACUGGAAUGUCAAACUUUGACUGUGCUGCUUUCAGUACUUCAACCAACCCUUUAGCUCCUCACACCACAUUUAACACAUUUUUAACCUGUUUACACUCAUUGCAUUGGCAAUUUUCUACACAGGUGAGGUCACUUAAUUUCCCUCAGAAAUGUUCAUAUUAAAUUAAAACCUCAGUGAUGGCCUUUUUAAAUGCUGCAACUAGAAACUGCUGCUUGUGGGUGUCAGUAAUAAUAAUGAGCAUUUCAAAUGGUAUGUGGUAGUACCUGCUGUUAAGAGAACACUCACGCCCUGCUCAUCGUCGCCUGUGAGCUAUUCUAAGGAAACGCACACUGAGCAGGUUUUUCUUUUGACCACCCACCUACACGCACAGUCAUUCUAACCUAGGCGAAGAUUCCAGCUCUCUUAAUGUUUCCUGAACAUACCAAUCACAGAGAGAGCUGAUGGAGCUUUUGUGUGAUAAAGUGUCAUUUUAUCAACUUUUUAUAUCUGUAGAUCUCUGACCAACUGUGUUACAAAGAUUUUUUGCCAAUGUCGCCCGUAUAAAUGCAAGGGCCCACCACACUGACUGUUGCCGAACCUUUAUAGUGCCUGCAGGCAGCCAAUUAAUGGCAAUGCAAAAUGUUAUAUCAUUUUAUUUUGUUUAUACAUGGGAGUUUAUUGGUUGAUGAAUCUUUUUUUAUAUAUAUAUAUAGUAGAGGUUUUUGUUUUGUCAGGGGAUUCCUUGUUUUUCACCGGUUUGCCUUACAGGGUACUGUGCUGUAUCUUUAUUAACUUCCUGUGAUGCCAGCCAAAGACAUUAGAAACCUGUCUACAACUUGAAGCUCAUUAUGAGUGAUAAGUUUGGACAGUGUGUAUAAUUUAGACCACUAUGACCAUCCAUUAUGCAUGUCAUUUCCCAGUCUUGAUUAUGGAGGGCCCAGAAUCCAGAGAUGGACAUGUGUUUUGUUAUGCUGCCCUCUUCUGGCAGAGGAAUGCAUCUACUCAAAGAAUGCCGUGUCAAUUAGUACCAAGUUAUUCCCCCUCAACUCACUUUCACAAUACUGAGCAAGGCUCUUUGUAUUGUUUCAAUAACGACAGUCAUGCACAAAAGCUCUUUAGCCUCACGGGUUGCAUUCACCACCAGUAUGCUAUCAGGAUUUAGGGCCUCUGUAUAUUUUGUACCUUAAGAAAUCUUUUAUGAAAUGUAUUUGAUGCUUUAAAAAGGUAGAUUCCAUUUGGAAUUACUUUACUUGUUAGUUAUCUGGGUAUGUUAAGGAACUGUAUCUUUAAGCAAUACUUUCUAUGGCUCUUUGGUAAUGUCUCAAACCACCCUGGUAAGGAAGUAAGUUCUGUUCAAUGAUGUUGGAUGUGUUCGUUGCAGCGGAUGCAUUCAUGGGUGAAGCAUUGUUUGCUCCUGGAUUUGCAAACUGAGUUUAGAAAAUAUGCUUAACCCAUAAUAGAUAUCAUUUUUUCCAAACCAUGUAACAGUACACACUCAGCUCUAAUAAACUGACACGUAACUCA